UCCAGUACAAAUUAGUGUCUUUCCGAGUAUUACCAGUUAUAAAAACAAGUAAUUGAUAUAAAUAUAAAAAAUCAAAUGUCACCAUAGUGUAAAUUCAAGGAGAGAUGGAUAAAAAUUAAAAACAAGAUAAGUCAUUGGUAAUGGUGGACCUGAGGUGAAAAUGAAUUCAGGAUUUGACGCACAACAUUCUUAUGAUAUUAAAUUAAACGGACACAUUCAAAAUGGUAACUCAAACAAAGGACAAAUCGGAAGCAUAAAUCGAUCUGAAAAAUUGCUAAACGGAACUGGAUAUACUUCGAAUGGCAAUGGUCAUAUACAUCAUAAUGACGAUGUCAUGGAAAAACAUUUCCCGCUUCAGGAAGAGGAUGUGCGUAUGGAGAGAAGUCUCGGGCUAAUUAGUGGAACGGCUAUUAUAGCAGGCACAAUGAUCGGUUCCGGUAUAUUUGUUUCACCUAAAGGUGUAUUAGAAGGAGCCGGAUCUGUAGGAAUGAGUUUAGUCAUAUGGCUUAGUUGUGGUAUAAUAUCCAUGUUAGGAGCUUUGACAUAUGCUGAGUUAGGAACAACAAUCGCCCGUUCCGGUGGAGAACACGCCUAUCUCAUGGAAGCAUUCAAUCCAAACGAGAAAUACAAAUGCUUUGGGAGAAUACCAGCGUUUUUAUUUGACUGGAUCAGCGUAUUUAUCAUUAGACCGUCCAUGUUUGCUAUUAUGUGCUUCACUCUCGGGACUUACGUGACUCAACCUUUCUAUCAUGACUGUGUACCUCCAAUUUACUUAACAAAAAUAUUCACGGUUUUAGCAAUGGUCUUAUUGUGUGUUAUCAACUGUAUGAGCAUCAAAUUUGCUGAAAGAAUUCAAGUUGUCAUGAUGGUUGUUAAACUGUUGGCAGCUGCAAUUAUAGUGGGUGGUGGAUUUUACAGUUUGUCACAGGGAAAUACAGAAACUAUUGCCAGUAGUUUCGAGGGAACGGGGACAGAAACGUCUAUUAUAGUUCUGUCAUUUUAUAACGGAUUGUGGGCAUAUGACGGAUGGAAUAACUUAAAUUUUGUGACUGAGGAACUUCAGAAUCCAAGAAAAAAUAUUCCAAGAGCUAUAUGUAUAGCAAUACCUUUAGUAACAGUGGUGUAUAUAGCAGUAAACAUUGGCUACUUUGCCGUACUCACGCAGACAGAAAUACUAACAUCAGAAGCAGUAGCAGUGGAAUGGGGUAAAAGAAUGUUGGGUGUUAUGCAAUGGAUUAUUCCUGUUUUUGUUGUUUGUUCGUGUUUUGGUUCCGCAAACGGAUCGUUGUUUUCAAGUGGACGAUUAUGUUACGUUGCCGCUUUUGAUGGUCAUUUACCGUCUGUGUUAUCUUUUUUGCACUUACGGAGACACACUCCGAUUCCGUCCAUGAUAUUUACACUUAUAAUCUCAGCACUUUUGGUUGUUCCUUUUGACCUAAGUUCGUUGAUUGGUUUCUUCAGUUUUACCGCUUGGAUAUUCUAUGGUUUAACUGCUUCUACAGUACUUGUACUACGCUACAGAUUUAAACAUAAAACUGAACACGACAACUAUCAGGUUUCUCUAGCAGUACCGAUUCUUGUAAUGAUUCUCUCUGUAUAUUUAGUACUCGUUCCUUUAAUAUACAUACCGAAGCCAGAAUAUAUUUAUGUUUUGAUAUUUAUGGCUGUUGGACUAUUGUUGUACUUUCUGUUAGUGUACAAGAAAGUAAAGAUUCCAUUUGUGGAUUUAGCAACUAAAAUUUUGCAGAAACUUUUUCUAGUUGUUCAUCCGUCCGGGAAGGCGAAAUAAGAAUACAGAUUACUCCGCACUCAUAAAAACAAUGCAAAUUUGCUAUGAAAUGUGAUUUUUUUCGUAACACAGCAAAUCGACAUAUUGUUUUAUACGCCAGUCAAAAUUUUGACGGGACGUAUUAUGGUAUACAAAUGUCCGGUGUCCGUCCGUCUGUCCGUCUGUCCGUCUGUCUGUCUAGCGUAAACAUGUCGCACCGUAACUUGAGAAUGACUUAUCCAAAUUUCAUGAAACUUAACAUAGUUGUUUCUUAUGAUUGUCAAACGAUCUGUAUACUUUUUGGUGAAAAUAAGACUAAAACUUUUUGAGUUACGGGACUUAGUAACUAAAACAGGUGUGUGUUUUUUUUCACAUGUCGCGCCGUAUCUCAAAAACAAUUUAUGAUUAUUGCUUAAAACUUUACACACUUCUUAGUUAUAUUAAUCUUAAGAUCUGUAUACUUUUUGGUGAUGAUUCAAAAUUUUAUUUUAGAGAUAUUGAGUAUUUUGUUAAAAAAGGAGGAGGGGUUUUUCACAUGUCGCGCCGUAUCUCAAAAACAGUUUAUGAUUAUUGCUUAAAACUUUACACAAUUCUUAGUUAUAUUAACCUUAAGAUCUGUUUACCUUUUGGUGAUGAUUCAAAAUUUUAUUUUUGAGUUAUUGAGUAUUUUGUAAAAAAAGGGGGAGGGGUUUUUCACAUGUCGCGCCGUAUCUCAAAAACGAUUUAUGAUUAUUGCUUAAAAUUUUACACACUUCUAAGUUAUAUUAAUCUAAAGAUUUGUAUACUUUUUGGUUUUGAUUCAAAAUUUUAUUUUAGAGAUAUUGAGUUUUUUGUAAAAAAAAGAGGGGUUUUCGCAUGUCACGCCGUAUCAGAAACUAUUUAUGCUUAUUGCAUAAAAAUUCACACACAAGACGACGGGCUUAUCAUGCGCUCAUGGCGCAGCUGUUUUUUAUAAUAAUUACAGCUUGCAUCUUUCAUGAACAUAAUGACAUUGAAUACUGGUAUCUUUUUUCAUUCAUAUACUAUCAUAUACCACAAAGAUCAUUGCAUUUAUUUGUUUUCUCUACGGCAUUAUCUGUUAAUUGUUGUACUAAAAGUAUUAUGUGAUUUUAACCAAAAGAGAUAUGACAUAUUUUGUUAUGCUGUGUCACCAUUAUGAUUACUUAUAUAAAAAUAAGGAGAUUAGGUAUGAUUGCCAAUGAGACAACUAUCCACCAAAGUUCAAAUGAAGUGGAUGUAAGUAGUUAUGGGCAACCGUACAGCCUUCAACAAUGAGAAAAACCCAUACCGUAUAGUCGGCUAUAAAAGGCCCCGACAUAAAAAAUAUGAAACUUAAUCCGAUACGUUGUGCAAAAUUAUCAUGUAAGGAUUCUACACGAAAAGGCUCCACAAGUAACUUAUAAGAAAACUACAUAUAAAAUGUUUUCAAGAUAUACACAAUGAUUUUCAUGUCAACUAACAAAUUGAAAUAUUUACAGUACAUUUGCUUGCACGUAAUAGAUUAUAUCAAAUCAAUUAAAAAAACCUUAAACUUAAAGUUAUCUAAAAGUAAAACCUCUAAAUGUCAUUUGAUUUUUUCUGUGUCGUUGGCAUGCUAACAUCUUGACAUAUGUAUAACAUUUAUCUCCCAUUGUUAUUUGUGUAUGUACAAAACCAUCUUGUUAGUAAGUUCUAAAUUUGCAGUUGACCUUAAUGUUUUUACAUUAAAAAAGAGGCAGUAACCAUGAUUCCCCAGUCAAAUAAAAACUGAUAAUUUCACCUGUAAAAGUAAUCCUUUUAUAUCACCCCAAUGACGUCAUACGCAAACUAGCUGUUGUCAAGACGUUGCCAAUGACGUUGAUUCAAAACUAAAUUGUGAUAACGCAUAAGAAAAGAUGUAUAUUCUCACAUUUUCUGUUUUAUUCACGUUUAAAGUCAACGUAAUAGAAAGAUUGACUAAAUCAAGAAUUCUAAUAUCGAAACAUAUUAAACUCGAUAUCGAUAAGAGUGAUAACCAGCCAAUGAGGUACGCUCAUUCGGGAAUUAAUGUGUUGUUCGGUUAUUUGUUGAAUAUUUUUGGAUAAUUGAAUUAUUUAUUGGAUUAAUUAUCAAUCAACAAAUAAAUGCUCUUCGUUGAUAUGGUCAUUUUCAUAAGAGUGCAUUAAAGUCAUCAAUAUUCUGAAGGCUUAUUUGAACUUUUUAACAUGAUGUUUUAAGUUUUAUUAUUGCAUUUUAUGUUUCUGUUUCUGUUUCUGUUUUUGUUAUAUCAUUAUUAUUGUUAAAGGUUUUUGUCAUUUAAUAUAGCCACGUGGGAAUCAUCUUUAUACAUUUUUAUGAUAAUAAAGAUAUUUGAUUUUGUUAUAAGAUAAUUUUUCAUUCAUAUCACUCGUUUACAUAUUUAGUCCAUCAAAUCAUUUAGGCCGCUCUAGUUAUUCAGAAUUCUCCGGGAUCUGCUUACAAUUUCGGAACACCUGAGAUUAUCCCGGUUUUUGGUGGGGUUCGUGUUGCUCAGUCUUUAGUUUUCUAUGUUGUGUUUUAUAUACAAUUGGUUUUUUUUUUGGUCCUUUACUUUUUUUGCCAAGGAGUUGUCAGUUUAUUUUUUACUUAUGAUUUUGAUAUUAUAUGUUUAAUAUGUAUUUUAAAUAUGCGAAUGCCAUUGUCUCUUUGUGAGCAACAUUGUUUUCAAAUAUUAAAAAAAUAAGUACCCUUAACAAAGGGAGAUUCAAGCAAGCAAUUAAAAAUUUGUGUUCUUA